AGAGAGAGAGAGAGAGAGAGAGAGAUAGAGCAGAGGAUGAAGUUCUUGGCAAUGCCCCAGAGCCACGCCGACGGCCAGAGCGGCGCCCUCCGAGGGCUAUCGCCGGCCGACUCCUCCAAGUCGCCGGCGGCGACAAUAUUCUGGCUGGCGGUUCACGCCGUGUGCUGCCUCGGCAGCCUCGUGCUCGGCUUCCGUUUCUCUCGAUUAUUCGUCUUCCUCCUCUACUCCACGUCACCAAUGCUUCGCGCCACUGACAAAACAACCACCUACGAUCCUAUCGUCCUUCUCUCGGACCCGAGCCAAUCCCCGGUCAAUCAGUCGACACCACACGUGGCUGUGGGCCGGCAUGGGAUCCAGGUCCGGCCUUGGCCGCACCCGGAGCCCGUCGAGGUCAUGAAGGCGCACCAGAUCAUAGAGAGAGUGCAGAGAGAACAGAGGGCUCAGUUCACCGCUAAAAAUCCCAACCCGAGGUCUCUGAUCGUGAUCACGCCGACUUAUGUAAGGGCAUUCCAGGCGAUGCAUCUGACGGCGCUGAUGCACUCGCUGAUGCUUGUGCCCUACAAGGUAGUAUGGAUCGUGGUGGAGGCAGGCGGAGUGACCAGCGAGACGGCAUUGCUGAUCAAAAGGUCGGGAUUGAGGACUGUCCACGUGGGGUUCAAGCAGGAGAUGCCGGAAGCCUGGGAGGAUCGGCACAGUUUGGAGGCGAAGAUGAGAGUUCAUGCAUUGAGAAUCGUGCGAGAUAAGAAUCUGGACGGCAUUGUGAUGUUCGCCGACGACAGCAACAUUCACAGCAUGGAGCUCUUUGACGAGGUCCAGGCUGUGAAGUGGAUCGGCGCUGUUUCCCUGGGAAUCCUUCCGCACUCAACCGUGGAUGAAUCGGACCAAGCCGUUUCGAAAGUCAUGGAUGAAAGCAAUUCGCUAAUUCCUAUCCAAGGUCCGGUGUGCGAUUCAGCCAAUCAGUUCAAAGGCUGGCGCACCGAUAACGGGUCUCCUAACAUGCUCGGUGGAGCGACUCAUGUAGAUGAUCGGGGCUCGCCUUUGCCGGGAAAGCUGGAAUGGGCCGGUUUCGCACUCAACUCUAGGAUGCUGUGGAAGCAUGCUGAAGGUAAGCCGGGAUGGGUGAGGGACUUGGACUCGCCCAAUUGGGAUAAUGAUGUUGAUAGCCCCAUGUCUUUGCUCAAAGACAUUUCGGCAUUGGAGCCACUAGGAAACUGCAGCCGCCGGCUCAUGGUUUGGCGGCUUCGUGUUGAAGCCCGUCCCGGAACCGAAUUCCCUAAGGGAUGGCUUAUAGACCCGCCCUUGGGGAUCCCGGCACCCUCGAAGCGCACUCCAUGGCCUGAUGCUUUUCCCAAACUCCCAUUUACGGAAAACGCAAGCAGCGAUGAAGAGGAGAUCAACCAGCACCCAACUGAAAAUCGAAGGCACGAGACCGAAACAGCCAAACCGCAGCUGCUCAGAAGGGAACCUGUAGAAAACUGACAGACUAUCUUAAGAGCCGGAGAAGAUGCACGGCCUCGGAACUCGACAAGCUUCGGCUUGGACAAAUUUAAAGGUUGCGCUCACCUAGGCGAACUCCGAAAUUAGCCACUUUGGUCGAUCUGGAUCGCGAGCACACAUCAGUUCACACCCUGUUUCAUUGUGUUUUGUACGUUACAGAAGUUGUACAUUGGUAUAACAGAA